AUGAAUCGGAGUUUUAAGCGAAAUGCGGAUUGUAACGCGGUUGAAGUUAAGAGCAAGUAUGGCGCAGAGUUUCGGCGCUUCUCAGUCGACCGCCUCAAACCAGGAAAAUUUGAGGAGUUUUACAAACUCAUCCUGCACAUCCAUCGCAUCGCCAACAUGGAAGUGAUGAUCUGUUACGCAGAUAUCCACGGAGACCUGCUGCCCAUCAACAACGACGACAACUUCUGUAAAGCUGUGUCCACGGCCCACCCUCUGCUCCGGGUCUUCAUCCAGAGACAAGAGGAAAUUGAAUACACCAGCUUUGGCACCAACACAUUAACCCGCAAGAAGAAGGCGGUGGUGGCUCUACGCAACAACGACGUCAACCGAAAGCGCCCGCACAUCCGAAUCGGCAUGCCCCAGGACUUCCGGCCAGUGUCCUCCAUCAUCGACGUGGAUAUCCUUCCCGAGUCGCAUCGCCGUGUCCGUCUAUACCGGCACGGCUCGGACAAACCUCUCGGCUUCUACAUUCGGGACGGGACCAGCGUUCGGGUGACGCCACACGGUUUGGAGAAGGUCCCAGGCAUCUUUAUCUCGCGCUUGGUGCCGGGCGGAUUAGCAGAAAGCACCGGAUUACUUGCUGUGAACGACGAAGUCCUGGAGGUGAACGGCAUUGAAGUGACGGGGAAGUCUCUGGAUCAGGUCACAGAUAUGAUGAUCGCGAACAGCCACAACCUGAUUGUCACCGUAAAGCCAGUAAAUCAGAGGAACAAUGUAGUGCGCGGCAGCCGGAUUUCGGGCAGCUCUGGUCAGUCUUCGGACAGCAGCGGCUCCAUUGGGUACCCCACUUCCGUAGCCUCCGGUGGGAUGCCCCUCUCCUCAUCUCACAGCUACCCCGACGACCUCGAAAGCGACGAAGACACAGAUAUCGUCAUAGAAAACAGCAUCAAACGGCCUUCCCAGCGCUCCAAUGCGUCGCUGGCUUCCAACAGAUCCAACUUGUCUCGUUCCCACCACCAAAUACCCUCCACUAGCGGCGCAGCAGCAGCAGCCCCCGUGCACGCGCCGCCCGCCUCUCCCAGCCCCCCCACGCGUCCCCCUUCCAUCAUUUCCACAGCGUCAUACCACUCCCAGACCAGUCUUAACGGCGCGUCGACCCAAAACACUUACCAUCAUCACCAUCAGCACAGCGGGGCCAGCUACAAAACCCAUAAGGACCUUCCGCACAGCCUUCAGUCCCAGCUUCACAUGAGGCCGUCCCAUCACAGCAGCAACCCCGCGCUUCGCCACAGCAAUGGUAGCCUCCACAAAAUGCUCAGCGCGCUCAAAACGGACCCUCGACAUAGCCUGGUGCUACCCAGAGGGGGGGUGGAGGAGGAUGGAACCGUUAUCACACUAUAA